GUGUGGGGAGGUUUGUACUUUUCUGACAGCUCAUAAGCGGCAGAAGAGGCUUCUAAUGCUCUUUCUUUGCUGUGAGAGGAAAGGGUCUGCUGAUAAUUGUCCGAGAUUUCAAUCUGAUGGUACUCCAGAAAAUAAUGAGGAUCAGGGGUUGGCUGAUUGGGCGUGGAAGAAGCAGCCUUAUUGUGGCUCUCCUGUGGGCAGCAUUGGGAAUAAAAGCUGCAGGAUGUGACAUGCUUGAAAUCCAAUACCCAUCAGCCCGCGUUAAGCUUAAAGAAGGAGAUCCCCUGACCUUGAAUUGCACAGUGUGGUAUGAAAAGGAACAGGAACAGAAACAGUCUUCAGAUCUGAAGGUCUACUGGUGUAAACAGGUGGAAAAUCAGAGCAGCUGUGCUAAGGUUGGCGAAGAGCUGGAACGCUUGCUAUCAACAAUGAGCUUAAAUCCCCAAGCAAGGGUCAGCUUGUCUCUGCUCCUGGAGAUUCAUAAUGUCAGCCGUUCAGACAGCGGUGGUUACCAGUGCAGAGCCAGUGCAAAUAACCAGAUUGCUAUCGGUCACUAUAUCCGAGUGGAAGUAACAGCAGAAGAAUUAAACCUUGUGAGUUCUUUGAACACCACAGGGAGUCCAGAGGCUAUCUCCCAGGGCAGCAAAGCUCCAAGGAUGGAUUCCUGGCUGGAAAAGACAUGGGCACUGAUCAUGAUACUCUGGCUGACCCUUUCUUAAAAGGGCACAUGUGAUGAAGAUAUGGUUUCUGGUGCUUGGGCAGAUUCCUCUAAAUGGCAGAGUAAAAGUUAAUGGACUAAACUCCUAUAAAGUUGUAAUAGCAAAUUCAUUGUAUUGCACGGGACUGCAUUUCAGCGUUUCAUGGAAGACUGUUUCCGAAGAAGGAUUUUCAGUGGCUUAAUGUCUGAGCACCUGGAUGGCAGCUCUGCAGGAUUAUUUAUUGUUUCCUACACUAGUGGUUAACCCGUCAACACCCCCUCAUCAGACAGAGGGACUCACGCUCGUCAGCAUUGGAAGUGAAAUUCUGUAGUCUCUGAUAUCAGUCUUGUGCGUUUUGUCUCCACUAUAACUGAGGAUGGAUUUCUCAGUGUAGAGCAUUUAAAGGGCAGGAAGAGAUUUCUUUCCAUGUCUUCUUUCUGGACCUAUCCAGAGAGAGCUUCUAGCACUCCUUGCCUCAACCUGCUACACUCCCUCUUUAAAGAAAGAUUCCACAGUGCUUCUCUCCUGUGGCCAUUCUGUCAUCUGCAUUGUCUUCUACCAUGUUCUGUUCUACCACCUACUCUCUCUGGGUUGCUUUAAGGGUGCUGGAAGCUCUUAUCUAAUCCCAAGCAGUGGGAGGUAGAAUUCUGUAAACAGGGUUUUGCAGCUUUUGUAGCUUUAGGAUUCCAAUUGGAUUUAUACUGCAGGUCAGUUUGGGGAAUUGGAAAAAGAGACCUUCUAGGGAUUAGCUCCUAGAUACACCUCUACCCCGAUAUAACACGACCCGAUAUAACACGAAUUCGGAUAUAACACGGUAAAGCAGUGCUCCGGGGGGGGGGGGGGGGGAGAGG